UGUAGUUUAUCGCGAAUAAUACCAAUAAAUAAGGAAGUGAGUUUCAGUACUAUCAAAGUAUAAAAUAAUUUUUUUGUGUCAAUAUUUCUUAUCAUUACUUCUGACAAUAAAUAAAAAAAUGAAAACUUUAACAAUAAUCACAAUAGUAAAUUUAGAGAUUUGUCUAUUGAGUGCACAAUUGAGUACUCAACUCAAUCUAAAUGAGGAUUGCGACCUUCAGACAGCAGCCUCUAUGGGGGCAAGUGCAUCUAAUGAGGGAGCGAAUGUAGAAGUUGAAGGACAGGCAAAUUUACCUUCAUGCGAAUGUCUGAAGCGUCUAGAUAUCCAAGGCUCUGUUAGCGUUUCUACAAACGGUAUAAAUGCAAAGGGGGGCGUCUCUCAAUCUGGUUCGGUUAUUAUCCCCGGGGUUAACUGCAUGGAAACAGAGACUUCCGAAGAUGGAACAGACAAAGGAUAUAAAUAUAUUGUAGACAUUGACCGAACUGCUUUAGUCACGCCUGCUAACAUCUAUUUAUACACGCAUUAUAAUAAAGAUAACGAUUCAUAUGGUAAAUAUUGGGAUACGAUGGAGACAGGAAAUGACCUUAAAAUAAACUUUGCCAAGAUAUUCGUGAAUGAUGAUAUUGUUUACGAAUCAACGAAUGGUGAUAAAAUGAAACCUGCGUGCGAUCAUUCAUAUCCUGAGGAAACUCCUGAAGCCAAUAUUUGGAAAAUUAUAAAUUUGCUUGUUAUGGACGGCCAAGACUGCCCAAUACCAGAAGGGACAAAUUAUACUCUUCCUAUUAAGAUGUCAUCAGUAGAACUUUCGUUCAAUGAACCAAUACCGUGCGGUAAAUAUUUGUUUGAUCUUCUUUUAAAGUCACCGGAGGAUAAACCUGUACUGAGGGUUCAUCUAAAAUGGAACAUUGAAAAGGAUUCAACUGAGUGUACAGAUGAGACUCAUCAACUUUAAUAGUUAAUCAUUAUUGUAAUGUUAACUAUUCAAAAUGAAAAUAAAACAUCGUGGAAACACUAAUUUUGUAAUUUU